CCCUCGCCCCCUCCUCGCUCUGCUGCCGGCUCCCGAUCUGAUUCCUGAUCCCUGAUUUCUUGAUCCUUGGUCCCGCCAUGGGAGCCUGAGCGACCCCCACUCCCCCCUGGCCCCCUGCCCCCGGGGCCUUGAGGGGGAAGAGGCAGCGGUCUGGGACGGAGAGGGGGUGACCAGGCUCAGCAGCCCCCCUCUACACCCGCCAUCGUCCGCGCUGCCCGGCCUGGAGCGCGGAGUUCGGAGCGACCCGGAGCGCUGCGGAUACAAAGGCUCCGGGCCGAGCUAGGCGCCCGCCGAGCCCACCCGGCAGUUCGCAGCGGCGGGUGGGUAACCCUGGUCAUGGGGAGGUCCAGGUGAUAAAAAGGACCGGGAAUAAACAUACUCAUCCCGCAACCCCAGGAGCCUUCUUCAUCCUGUCUCCUGGUGAUCUGACUUGAGUAGCCCUCUGUCACCUGCUCUCUUGUGGUCUGGAGAGAAAUGAGGAGCGUCGCUUGAUUUUCUCUGAGCCAAGCCCACCCGUCCAGCAAAAUAGAGUCCCUCAGGGUGACAGUUGAUUUCCUGAAGGUGCCCCUUGGCCUGAAGAAGCCGGUGCUGAAGGAGGUGGCUGUGGGGCCCCCCAAAAGGCCCCCACCUGUGGCCCUGGAGCGCUACAAGGCACGGCGUUCAGACGCCAUGGACACCGAGUCCCAGUACUCGGGCUAUUCCUACAAGUCGGGCCACUCCCGCAGCUCCCGCAAGCACAGGGACCGCCGGGACCGACACCGCUCUAAGAGCCGGGACGGGAGCCGUGGGGACAAGUCAGUGACAAUCCAGGCUCCGGGAGAGCCCCUGCUGGACAACGAGUCCACGCGAGGGGAUGAGCGGGAUGACAACUGGGGGGAGACCACAACGGUGGUGACGGGCACCUCGGAGCACAGCAUCUCCCACGAUGACCUCACGCGCAUCGCCAAGGACAUGGAGGACAGUGUCCCGCUGGACUGCUCCCGUCACCUGGGUGUGGCGGCAGGGGCCACGCUGGCACUGCUCUCUUUCCUCACGCCGCUGGCUUUCCUGCUGCUGCCCCCGCUGCUGUGGCGGGAGGAGCUGGAGCCGUGUGGGACGGCCUGCGAGGGCCUCUUCAUCUCCGUGGCCUUCAAGCUGCUCAUCCUGCUGCUGGGCAGCUGGGCCCUGUUCUUCCGCCGGCCCAAGGCCUCGCUGCCCCGCGUCUUUGUGCUGCGCGCCCUGCUCAUGGUGCUCGUCUUCCUGCUCGUCGUCUCCUACUGGCUCUUCUAUGGGGUGCGCAUCCUGGACGCCCGUGAGCGCAGCUACCAGGGUGUGGUGCAGUUCGCCGUGUCGCUGGUGGACGCUCUGCUCUUCGUGCACUACCUGGCCGUGGUCCUGCUGGAGCUGCGCCAGCUGCAGCCGCAAUUCACACUCAAGGUCGUGCGCUCCACUGACGGGGCCAGCCGCUUCUACAACGUGGGCCAUCUCAGCAUUCAGCGCGUGGCCGUGUGGAUCCUGGAGAAGUAUUACCAUGACUUCCCUGUCUACAACCCUGCCCUCCUCAACCUGCCCAAGUCCGUCCUGGCCAAGAAAGUGUCUGGCUUCAAGGUGUAUUCCCUCGGAGAGGAAAACAGCACCAAUAACUCCGCGGGCCAGUCCCGGGCGGUGAUCGCAGCCGCGGCGCGGCGGCGGGACAACGGGCACAACGAGUACUACUACGAGGAGGCGGAGCAUGAGCGGCGGGUGCGCAAGCGGAGGGCCAGGCUUGUGGUUGCAGUGGAGGAGGCCUUCACUCACAUUAAGCGGCUGCAGGAAGAGGAGCAGAAGAAUCCCAGGGAGGUGAUGGACCCCCGGGAAGCAGCCCAGGCCAUCUUUGCAUCCAUGGCCCGCGCCAUGCAGAAGUACCUUCGGACCACUAAGCAGCAGCCUUACCACACCAUGGAGAGCAUCCUGCAGCACCUUGAAUUUUGCAUCACACAUGACAUGACACCCAAGGCCUUCCUGGAGCGGUACCUGGCGGCUGGACCCACCAUCCAGUACCACAAGGAGCGCUGGCUGGCCAAGCAGUGGACACUGGUGAGCGAGGAGCCGGUGACCAAUGGGCUCAAGGAUGGCAUCGUUUUCCUCUUAAAACGCCAGGACUUCAGCCUGGUGGUCAGCACCAAGAAGGUCCCAUUCUUCAAACUCUCUGAGGAAUUUGUGGAUCCCAAGUCGCACAAGUUUGUCAUGAGGCUGCAGUCUGAGACCUCGGUGUGAUUGUGCGGCGGCAGGGGAGUGGGACGGCGGGGCCCCUGAGGGCGGAGGGGGAGCCUGGCUCUCAGGCCUGUGCACAGUCCUGCUGCCCUUCCUCCUCUUGCUGUUUAUUUUUACUUGAAUUAACUCACCCUCCCUCCCCUGUCUCCUCUCCUCUUCCUCACUUACCUGGGGUGAACUCCGAGAGACCGUCCUGCCGUCGCCAGUACCUGGGGAGCCCCCUCCGUCCCCCACCGUCUGUUUUGUAUCACCCCAGGCGCUGCAGGAAUCGGUGCCUCUCCCCCCUCCUUUCCUGGAUGACAUUCUCUUCUGAAAGGGCACAGGGCCCUGCUAAGCCCCUCUCUAGAACCCAGGUGCUCAGAGCAGUUCCUCCAGUGGCCCCCCAAAGGGUGUCUCUGGGGGACACAGACCCGACUCCAGAGAGCCACCGUGCCAGAAUCCUCUGGGGCAGCAGCUGCCCACAGCCUGCCAACGGCAGGUUCAUCCACUCGGCCCGCCGCUCACCCUGCCCAUCACAGACCCUGCGUUCUCAGGGCGGGGGUCCUCCUGUGCGCUCUCACACAGCCACAAAGUCAGGGCUCUCCCUGCCAGGGUUAUUGGCUUCCAGUUGUUAAGAGUCUCCCUCCCUCAUCUCCACAUACUCUGAGCAAGGGAAGAUCCCAUCCUUUGCUUUGGGGCAGCACCUUCUUCCACUGGGUCUUCCCGGGGCAUCCACUGAGGAAGGGUGGAGAAACCCGGUGAACACCACUGACCCCGGCCCUCAGAACCUGCGGCACCUUCAUCUCUGCCUUGGUGGGCAGGUUUCCCCCUCCCACUGGAGGAUGGCGUGUAGGCUCCUGUACAGAUGCAGUGGUUUGCAGACCCUGAUCCACACCCCGUGAUCUUAAGACAAGUACGUUUCUUUCCUUCACCCGCCACCCACACCCAGUCCUGCUGUCUCCUGUUAGCCACAAAGACCUGUUGUCUCAUCUCUUUCUGGUGGGGAGCCAGUAGCUCCCCUUCUUCCCCUGCCUUAAGUCCACAUCUUUGCCUCAGGGGUCUCUUUUCCUUGGCCGGCCAGGGUCCCCUCCUUUUCUCUCCCUGCCUGGUUCUCUGGGCUCUGGGCUCUCUCUGUGUGGGGAUGAGAGGCCAGGAUUGCUGCCUUUUGUGGGUACUUAGCUCUUCACCCCACUGAGCUUUCAUUAUCUUUACACUCAAAUCAAAAAUCUCAAGAGUUUAGGUCUCAAUUUGAGCAAAAUUCACUGACCCUCUAAUACAUAUUUUCAGUGUAAAUCUGACACUUUAAGUCAGACACCUCUAUAUUACAUAGUUUUAGCCAAGGAGAAUAGGACUAGGAAAUACGCACAUACCUCCAGCCAGGAUCCAUGUGGAGGAGGUUCCUGUGUCUGGGCUGAAGCCUGCCCCUGGGCCUAUCUAAACAGCUUACAGUGAGUGCCCUUUAUAGGCCCAUCUUUUUACUGGAAAACUCAUUGGUUCUUUCCUUGUGGGGUGCCCCCUGGGAAAAGAUCCCAUUGAUCUCUCACCAGAGAGGCUGCCCAGGCAUGAUGGAGCCUAGUGAUUGGGGUUUCUCCUGCUGUCCUUUCUGAAAAAGCACAUCUUCCCCGCACCCCACUUACUAGGAGGGGCUCUUCAGCCAAUGCUUACCUUGUCCCCACAGGGUGGGUUGCAGGCUGACUUAGGGCCUGGAGGUCAGCCUUGCACUGGGGCUGUGGGUUUUUGGAUAGGCUUGAGUGAAGUAUGUCCUGUCCUGGGGGUCCUUUCCUUCUCUUCAAAGACCUUGUUUCAGAGGAGUCGCUUCUGGGUCGCAUUGCUAAAUACCUCACUAUCCUGAAGAACGGCCUGGAUGGUGAUUGGAGUCCCUGCCGUCGUGGGCAGGCGUGGGAUGUGGUUUGAGGACCAGGUGGGGCAGGGAGAGGACAAGUAUUUGGGAUCUAGGUUGCUGCCCUAGGUUAGGGGCGGGGAAGUGUUUAUUUUAAGAACCUGCCAUGUUGUUAAUCACUGUGAUUUUUUCAUUCCUUUUUCCUAAAAUAAUAAUUUUUUCCCUCAGCUCUCUAAGCACUAAGGGCUGCAACUGAGAAUGGUAGUGUUUUUGGUCCUUUGUGUCAGAACUGUGGUAUCUUUGUCUUCUUUGAUUAUUAUUAUUAUUAUUAUUAUUAUUUUUUAAAGUGUCAGGAUGAAUCGUCAAAUGUGUGGCUGUGUUCGUCUUCUGCUUCUCCUGUAUGGGAAGUUGUCUUUACGCCGUCAACUACUGUGGGGUGUGCAGCUGACUCAGUCCCUCUGAGCGGUGUCCUCCGCUUUGCCUGUCCCACCACACGCUGUAUUUUCCCACUCUUCCCUUGUGGGGGUGUGCUCACCUGUUCCAUCCCCCACACCCCCAUGUUACCAUGGGGGGACGCUGGUACUGGGUCUUUCCAGUGCUCCAUUUUCUGCGACUACAUGGCAUCCUCGCUCAUCCCCACCAUCCCUACUCGGCCUUCCUUUUCGUCACCUAGGGAUGCCUGUCCUCCUUGCCUCCACACCAGGGCGCUGUGCCUCAGUCCUUCACCUACCUCGCCACUCUGCCGCUGUCCCCAUUGGUCCCUGGCUCCUCGACUACUCUUUGUGCUGUUUAUUCUUGUUUAUUUCCUUGUAGUCCCUCAUUUUUUUCUCUCCACUCCCUUCCCUUUCAGCCCUUAAUUUUUCACUUCCCCGUCCCCACCUCAGUACUCCUGUUGCAAACCCUGGUAAAAUACCCAGAUGAGACACUGGGAUUCCUGGAGCCUUCUUGUCUGAAACGUCCAUUUCCCAGAGUUCGUGCAUCUCCCUUUCUCUGUUGGGCCCAGGUGAGCUCCCUCGCCCCUCUGUGGUGUCUGUCAGUCUGUCUUCUCUUUCCUCUGCCCUCCCCACGGGGCAGCAUCUGCUGAUGGAUUCAGUCCUGGUGUGUGAUUGUUGUGAUUUGUUCUGUACGAGAAAGGCAGGGGGCUUUUUGCGUUCCCUUCCAAGUGAGAUUGUAAAUGUAGAAUUUCCAGCUGUUGGAUCUAGAUUUUUCUUUUCUUUCUUUCCUUUUCUUUUUCUUUUUUUUUGGGUUACAGAGACCUUGUGCAUGCAGAGACCAUGUAGAAAAUUGUAAAAUGUAAAUUUUUUUUUAAUAUAUAAAAAGCUUGUUUUUACAGUUUGCAGUGGAUCUAAACAUUAUGGCAACUUUAGGGAUUUUUUUUCUUAAACAUAGGAACUAAAACUGUACAAAAUUUUUUUUUUAUAUAAAAUAA